AUGGAUCGAGCAGCGUGGGUCGCUGAGCACCGCGUUCGCCUUUUAGAGCAGGCCGUCGACGCAAAGAACCUGUCAUACUCGCCCUAUAGGUACGGGCAUGGCAUUGACGCCAGUGUUUUUCGAGUAGGCGCCGCACUACUCCUCGACGACGGCACGAUUGUGCAAGGGGCCAACGUAGAAAAUGCGUCGUAUGGUGCCUGUAUCUGUGCCGAGCGUUCGGCGAUCUGCCGGAAGAUGGUCGAUGCUGACCUUCGCACGAAACAGAUUGUGGCCGUAGCCGUUUCGUCCGACAACGAGGCGCCCUGUACGCCCUGUGGGAUCUGCCGGCAGGUUGUGCGGGAGUUCUGCACGCCGUCCACGCCCAUAUUCAUGCCAUACAAGCAGUGGACGGCAGAGGCCGACCGUCCCGAGCAUGUGUUGGUGUGCACACUAGAGCAGCUGCUGCCACACAGCUUUGGGCCAGAUAUGCUGCACUUAGAAGGAAGGGGUACCUAG